AUGUCUAGUCGCGCCAAUCGGGCCGCUCGGCUCCCCCGCUUCCUAAUGAGUAACGUUGUGUGCAACCGCGAAGGCCCUGACUGGAUGGACGGCAUCGCUACCCUGGACUUUGACUGCUUCCCGCUGUUUAGACAUGUUAUACCUGAGCCGCUUCUCGCCUCGACUAACCUUCCCCCCUUCUACCGGCUGCUCUCUGACGAACAGGUGUCUGCCCUCGUGUCCUGGGCAUCUAAAGGCAAUAUGUCGAAAGAGCUGCUCGGGGUAUACUGGCCGGGAGACUUCAAUGGCGAUGGGAAAGUCAAAAAGAAUCGCCGCCCAUGGAAACAGGGAGAAAACAAGUCCAUGGCCACCAGGCCGUUAUUCUGGACGCAUCAAAGUUGCGGACGGCCCAUGGAAGACAUGACUCUAUUGUCGCCGGAUGCAUCUACAUCAAGUAGCAAACGAAAGCGCAGUGAAGAGAAUGAGACGGUGCACAUCAAGCCAUCCAAACUCGUCCUCCUCCGCGACGAAAAGGACAGCGAGAAGAUCGUCGAGCUGCAGUACGAAGUCGACCAGCUUCAAGCCGCCCUUAAAUGCUCCCAGGCCAAGCAGCAAGGGCUCCUGUCGCAAAUGGACCAGGUCGAGACCGCCAUGUCCGUGCGCUCCGAGCUCGUCACCAACGCCAUAGUCAACUACCACCUGUCUCUGGCCAACCUGCAGAUCCUCUCGCCCGCCAUCGCGUCGCUGGUGGACGAAACCGUCUCCCCCGACGACAUCGCCGUGGCCGCCGGCGGCCAUGCCACUCUCGACCACCGCGUGCGAGUUGUUAAGGAAGUGGCAAGCCGGCUUAAGAUCCCCAUCAGUGUGCUCCCAGACGAUACGGAGGAUGAGGAAGACGAAGUAGUACCUUUGAAACGCCCAGCAAAGGGAAAGAAAUAG